UAAAUUGCAGACUGUUGGGAUUUGUCCUGCCAUCAACACAUUUCUGCAGGGCUGUGCUUGUUAAACCCAUAUUAUGGAUAUGCUGUUUGCUUUACAUACAUACCUUUGGCCUGUAUUUAUUGCUGCUGCUGUUUUCCUUUUGAUUUGGAAGAGUCGCAGUAAAGAAUAUGAGCAUAAGUUUGGACGGCUGCCUCCAGGUCCUGCUCCUGCACCAGUGGUUGGGAAUUUCUUUCAGGUUCAUGUAAAGGAACCGUACAAGUAUUACCUUGAGCUCAGUAAAAAACAUGGAUGCAUUUUCACCCUUUGGUUUGCUAAAACACCUGUUGUGGUGAUCUCUGGAUACCGAGCCCUGAAAGAGACCAUGAUUGGUAUGGGUAAUGAGUUUAGUGGAAGGGCAAAUUACCCCCUAUUAAUGAAGAUCACUAAUGGAUAUGGUGUUAUGGUAAGCAGUGGGGAAAGAUGGAAGCAGCUUCGGCGGUUCACUCUGUUAACUAUGAAGAACUUUGGAAUGGGUCGGCACACCAUCGAGGAUAAGGUGAAGGAGGAGGCCAGCUGUCUCGUACAAAGUUUUAGUACAUUCGGAGACUCUGCUUUCAAUCCAAGAUAUAAACUAAAUAGAGCAGUGUGCAAUGUAAUCUGUUCACUCAUAUUUGGCCAGAGAUUUGAAUCUGAUGACCCACAGUUAAAUCUUAUGCUCGAAGCUGUGAAUGACUACUUCAAGGUUCUCUGUAGUCCACGUGGACAGGCUUAUAAUAUUUUUCCCAAAAUCGUGGGCCUUUUCCCUGGGCAUCUCCAUGAUGCGUUGUCAAAAGUGGAAAAGGCCAAAGGUUUAUUUAAGCUUGAAGCAGAGGCACGGAUGAAGACACUGGAUCCUUCUUCACCCCCUAAAGAUUUUAUUGAGGCUUUCCUUUUACAAAUGGCAAAGGAGAAACAUAACCCUAAUACAGAAUUUAAUCUCAAUAAUUUAUUGUGCACAAUAUGGGCCAUGUUUAGUGCUGGCACUGAGACCACAUCUUCUACAAUCUUUCAAAGCCUUCUGCUAAUGAUAAAGCACCCAGAUAUCCAAGCACGUGUCCAGAGGGAGAUUGAUGAGGUGGUAGGACGAGAGCGGAGCCCUACCCUUGAUGACAGACAGAACAUGCCAUAUACAGAUGCAGUCAUUCAUGAAGUUCAGCGCACCUUGGAUAUUGCUCCCACUGCUGUUCCACAUAAAAUGUUAUAUGACACUGAGUAUAGGAACUAUCUCAUUCCCAAGGAAACCAUGGUUCUUCCUUUGCUGUCUUCUGUGCUUUCUGACCCUGAGCUAUGGAAGAACCCUGACAAUUUUGACCCUGAGAACUUCCUGGAUGAAAAGGGACGAUUCAAAAAAAGUGAUGCAUUUGUUGUAUUUGGAAUGGGGAAGCGGGCCUGUUUAGGUGAAGCGCUGGCCCGAGUUGAACUGUUUAUUAUGUUCACCUCUCUUCUCCAGCACUUCACCUUCAAGGCCACUCAACCACUGGAAGAGAUUGACACCACUCCUGCCAUUUGCAGCUUUGGCCGUCUACCUCGUUUAUAUGAGUGCUACGCUGUGCACAGAACAUAAACAGCUGUUUUUCUUCUAUGGUACCUUGAUUCUUAUUUUUUGGUUCACAGUUGCAAGGAUAGAAAAAUAUUUAGAAAAAAAAUCUUAAAAAAAAAAAAAGAUUAUCUUGUAUCAAUAGACAUUACUUUCUUUUAUUUGACAAUCACUAAAUAAUGACAAUUUGUCCUAAUGAGAAUCUAGGUGAAAAUGUUCAUAAUCAUCUUUGGUAUACUCUCCUUUGAACCAUGUUGUCAGUCUUAAUUAAACCUAUUUUAAGAUCUUCAACAAGUACAUUAUUCAAAUUCUGAAAAAAAAAAAAAAAAAAAUACAAUUACCAUACAAUUAGCUUACUACCUUCUUAUUCAUAUAUCAUAAUAUUUGUCUUUUUCAUUUUCAUCAUUUCAUUUUAAAUCUUUCCAUUUCCCCAUAAGAAAGUACACUUAAUAAUCUCCUAUAAAAGACAGCUUAAAGGCAGGGUCUCCGAUGUUUGAAAGCCAAUAUUGACAUAAAAUCAAAAAAACAAACACGCCCCUAACCCAAAUGGGUCCCUCCCCUGCAUUGAUAGCUCCGCCCACACAUACAUACGUAAC